AUGUCGGAGGCGGGGGGGCCGGCGUCCUGGGCGGACACGCUGAACAGCUACCGUGCGACCUGGGGCUCGCAGUCGCUCUCGACUGUGCGCGAGCAGCCCGGCCCGCAGCGGUACCCGCGGACGAACCUGACGCCCUUCGGGCGCGGUCCGUUCCACAAGGACUCGCAUAGCAUCGGCGCGGACUACAACAGGGACAGGCCCGAGACCGAAGCCGACAGGCACGGACGGCAUGGCCGCGGGUACGCGGAGCCCUGGAACAAGGGCAAGGACUACGACAGGAAGCUCGGCGAGCGCGCAGCCGCGGCGCUGGACUCCACGCGGAUGGCGGGCACCCUGCGGCACUCACAUGACAUGAGAGGGCUGCCGUGCUCCGCCAACCCUGACUCGUGGAUCGGACACCCCCUGGUGCAGCCAGCGCAGGGAAAACUAGCCGCCAGGCCCCCCGAGGACCCCAAGGGCCGCCGCGACCUCUUCGACGUGGUCAACCAGCGCGCUCCGGGGAAGCCAGCGGACGACUCGUGGCUCGGUCACAUGCUCACCGACCCCGCCAAGGGGCGGCGGAACUGCCCGGGACCGGAGAAGCGGUCGGGGCGCGAGGACCUGUUCCCGGUGAUGCGGUUCAGCGCGCUGCACGAACCGCGGCUCGGCGGCCCGGCGCCCAAGGAGCGCGACCCCCUGGCGGACAUGUGGAUCGGCCACCGCAAGAUCGCCCCCGCGGACGGGAAGCGCCGCGUGACGUCGGACCUCGCGCGCGAGAGCAAGGCGCUGCUCGAGGCGUCGCUGCGGUGGGACGGCCGGCCGAACAACGCGCUCGCGGUCGAGGAGAUGGGCGGCACCAGCCGGCGCCCGGGCAACUACGUGCCGCCGGGCCUCAAACCGUCCGACGCGAUCGGAGAGACCGUGCCGAGGCUCAUCAACCAGGAUCCGUCGCUCCAAGACGAGCCAAACAUCCGCAUCCGGCGGUACAUUCCGGCGCCGAGGAGGGAGAACCCGGUGCGCGGGAUGCCGGGGUACCGGGAGGGGCGGAAGAUGGUCCAGCCGAGUCCGUUCCAGCGGGAGCAGAUCGCCGACAACUGGGCCGCCGACGAGCCGCUGUCCAUCCGGUGGGAGGUACGCGAGCGGACGCUGCCGCGCUGGACGGGCACGCGGCCGCUCAACGGAUCGAACCUGCCGUGGAAGUGA